AUGCAUAAAAAUUCUCACAAUGGCACUAUCAAUGCAAUGAGUACAAUCUUUUUGAAUGGAGCAAAAGCUUCUAAAAGAGUAAGUUACAUUCUUCAACCUCUAUAUUUAUCUUCUUGCUCUGUAAGAUAUGCUUCUAUCAACUCUGGAAUAAACCGUGGGCUUCGGAAGUCGAAAGGAGUUGGGUUCAGAGGGAAGGAAAGAAGUCGGGAAAAUGAUGGCGCUGGUCGAGGAUUUCAAAUUCCUAGAUCAGAUCCAUAUCGGAGGGACUCUGGCCCUGUGGAUGAUCUAGGGAGAAAGAACAAGUUUAUGCAUACACGGUUCAAGGGGGAUGAUCGCGAUAAUGAAUCAAAACCAAAAUAUAACGCGCCCUCUGGUUUUGAAGACCGUCAGGAUAGAGGAAACCACUGGGAGGGGAAGUCUGAAAAUUUUAAGCGGCUAAGGGCCAAGGGUUCCUAUGGGGAGGAAUCUUUUGACACGUACAAGGAGCCUCGAAGCAGCAAACCUGGUUACGUAAAGAAAUCAUAUAGUUCUUAUGGAUCUGGAGAGGAGACGGCUGGUUACCAAAAGAGAUCCAUCGGUAGACCUCACGAAUCUCCAGAGAAACGCCGUGCUGAGGAGAAGGAUUCUAUUAACAAGUCAUUCGGGUCACCUCGUGACAUCCUGAACCAUAGGCAGAAAUCUUACCCGAACUUCGGAGAGAACCUAGCUCGGAAUCUUAUCCUUUCAGAAUUUUCGGCGCCUAAAACCAGUUCCUCCUUCGCUAAAAAUAUACCAAUUUCCAUACCAUACACUACACCAGCCUCAGAAUUCCUGUACGGCACCUCAGUUGUCGAAGCUGCCCUGAACACACAGCGAAGAAAGAGCAGAAAGCUCUACAAGCUCUACAUUCACAAAGGCGAAGACCGUCACAAUGGAGACCGAGAUGGGGCUCUAACAAGAUUAGCCCAGAGGAAAGGAGUUGAGGUAGCCAUAGUAAGAGGACAGGACUGGCUACGAACCCUCGACAAAAUGAGCCAAGGCCGUCCACACAACGGAUACAUUCUCGAAGCAUCACCCCUUCCCCGUCUACCCGUCAUAAGUCUCGGCUCGGUAAUUGACCAAAACGACAGCUUCGCCAUCCAACUCGCUCCCGACCACCAAUCCCGCGAGGAACUUGAGGUCAACGGCAACGACACUAUAAUCAAUGUUCCAAAAGAUUCCACCGGUCGCAAACCCCUUGUUCUCCUCCUAGAUAGCAUAGAAGACCCGCAAAAUCUAGGCGCCAUCUUGCGCACAGCACUCUUCAUGGGCGUAACAGCAGUCGCAAUAUCCGUCCGCAACAGCGCAUCCUUCACACCCGUUGUCUUCAAAGCCUCCGCCGGCGCCGCCGAAACCAUCGAGAUCUUCUCCGUCAACAAACCCGGAGGCUUCAUCAAAGACUCCCAAGCCUCUGGCUGGAAAAUCUACGCAGCAGUCGCACCACCUGCUCCUCGAAAACCAGAUUCGAGACACAUGUGGCCCGCAGCUUCUCAAGAAUUUGUCUGGUCCCACAAACUCCAGGAUCCAUUACGGGAGGAUCCUUGUAUACUAAUGGUUGGAGGCGAAGGCGAAGGUUUGCGCAAAAACUUGAGAGAUCUUGCUGAUGUGCAUAUUUCAAUCAAGGGUGCAAGUAUGCGAGGUAAACUCGAUAGUUUAAAUGUUAGCGUAGCAACUGGCAUGUUGUGUGGUGCUUUUAUAAGACAGACAGCAAGAAAGACUGUUGAGGAAGCAGUCAAGGAAGUUGAGGUGGAAACAGAAAGUCUCAAUGAGAAUCAGGUUUUCUGA